GAACGAUCAAGACUCUGGAACUGGUCAAAUGCCUUUUUGCGAGGUUUAAUUUCCUCAUGUACUUGCACGUCGCUUAGGCAGCAAAUCAGUUGCUUCUUCGAGUUCUCACCUUACACCCUUCCAAUCCGAGUUAUGGACUCACACGCGGGUUUCGCGGCCCAGCCAACUUCCAGUGCAGAGGGGCGGCCAGUCAUCGUUCGCGCUUGCGACAUGUGCCGGAAGAAAAAGAUUCGCUGCGAGCCUACUGCCCAAGGAUGCAGCCCAUGCACCAAAUAUGGCACAGUGUGUCAUUUUACGCCAAUUGCAAUGAAGAGGAAGCCUCGCAGACCAGCUGGCUUCAAAUACAUCGCACAGCUCGAGAAAAGACUCUUGGGAGUAGAGGCUUUGCUAGGAGAAAGGUCAUUGGGAAAGCCAACUGUGCCUAACAUCAUUUCGCAUGAAGACCAGACGACAGCCGCAACAUUACCUGACACAGCAGCACUGAUCAAAUCUCACAAUGGAAGUAAUUCAUGGAUGCCAGAGAAUGAGCUACAAGUUCCCUCAUUCGAACAUACGAACAAUCCAGUAGAGUUUCGCCAUGGAGCUACAUUUCGAGUACCCGACCUCAAUGAAGCCGAUUGGUCUACUCUUGGGAGUUAUGUAACUGACCGUUUGUGGCCUCAUUCCGCUCCAGAAUCACGCCCAGUUUCUCUACCAGCGCGCCAGCAGCUACCCACAAAAGCAGUCGCUGAGGAGUUGGUUGAGGAAACUUUCAGCAACUAUAAUAGAUUCCUUCCACUUUUUCACGAAGAGGACUUCUUGAAAGAGUUUCACCUCAAGUACUCGACUUCCAGUCCUAGGGAUGCUGGUUGGUGGGCAUGCCUCAAUGUUGUGCUGUCAAUAGCUCAUCGUCUCCGCGCCAUACGCACAUUAGAGCCGACACAGGAGCACAUUCUAGCUUAUGGUUAUGCACAAAACGCCCUAAGCGUCGUAUCCGAGCUGAAUGUCUCUGACCGAAGUCUCUCUGCUGUCCAGGCUCUGGCGGGUAUGGCCUGCCUUCUUCAGGGCACACCGGAUCCGGAGCCAGCCGCAAUGCUCGUGGCCGCAGCUCUACGCUUGGCACAGCUUAUGAAUCUGCACAGAGAAUGUUCCAGUCCAGGAGUCACGGAAUCAGAAGCCGAGAAACGGCGGCGGGUGUUCUGGAAGGUGUACAUUCUUGACAAGGAUAUUAGUCUACGGACGGGUCGACCCUUUGGCCAAGAUGAUGAUGACAUGGAUGUACACUUGCCAUCAAAAGCAAGUCCUGAGUCCGGUAACUUGGACCUGUUCAACUGUCGCAUAGGCCUUGCACUUGUUCAGGGGCAAGUGUAUAAACAAUUGUACUCAGUACGGGUUGGACGACAAACAGCGGCGCAGAGAGCGAUUGCGGCACAAGAGUUGAGUUCCUUAUUAUCGUACUGGAAGUCCAGUGCGCAGCUGGAAAUACCAGAAGACCUCACGGUAUCGUCAGGUUUCCAACUUUCAGGUGAGAUGAUACACAAGGUGGUUUUACGACUCACCUAUCUUCAUUGCCUCACAAUGAUUGAUCGCCACUUGCCCCCUAUGGCGCAAUCUUCCUCCAACCAAGAGCUCAGGCGGUCCGAACCAUUACCACCCCCAGGUAGCCUAUGCGUCGCUGAGGCACGCGAGGCGAUCCGUCUUAUUGAAGCCAUCCCUCAAGGUGACUGUGCCUGUGUCUGGAUGCUUCUUCACGCUUUCUUCGCUGCAGCUAGUAGCAUGCUCUAUAAUUUAACACAAAAUCCUAUAUCGCCAAACGCAGUUUCAGAUCUCAAUCUCGUUGAGCCAUUUCUACGUCUGUUGGAGACACUUACCAGGGAUCCAAACACGAUCUCGCAGUCCAAGGACCUGGUGCAAAUGCAUCGCACUUGCAACAGCUUAAACCUCAAAGCCAAAAAGGCUGUUCAACAUUUCAGUUCAAAGUCUCUGGCGUCCUUUGCAUAAUCAUCUGAGCAUAACCAGUCUUUAUUAAAACUUUAUUAAUAACAACCUAUCUCACCUACAGCAGCAAACUCUGUGACGCAGUGGCUAAGCGUCUGACAGGCUUGCUGGGCGCUCAUCGCAUAAGGCAGUCUGGUUGAACCCGGCAGGGUAGCUAACCUUUCCAUGAGACACACAACCAAUAAGCAAGCCUCGGCUUGUGAAGACACAACGCCUAGGCCUUUCUAGACCCUACAUUAUUAAUAUCUGUUCUGGCUGGAGAGAAUCCAAUUUUCCCUUGUCGUGAGAAAUAUAGCUGACAGAGAUUAAUACCUUUAAGCCAGCUCUGACUGACAUAUUGUUCAACCAUGGGACGUAUGUAUUUAGGUAACUAGAUAGGUAUGUAGGGAUAUAAAUGGCGCACAAGAUUUAGUAAGAGGCGCACAAGUCGGGAG